AUGGACGACGACGAUGAGUAUGGCACAGAUGCCGACUUUUUAGCAGCUCUGGUAGCAUCAUCUGAAGCUGCUGUAACGCCAGCCUCUUCAGCUCGUAUACAACAACCCACGCCACAACGCGUUGAGCAACCUACACCUCAAAGACUCGAUCGUGCUCCUCCUGCGCCGAAUACUUCUGGGCCGAAGGUCGUCCAACCCACGCCACAAGCCAUUGCGUCGAAGUCUACAGGUUCUUCCAUUCUAGUAUCGACGCGCCAGAAAGGAAAUCCGAUUCUCACAAAUCUGCGGUCCUUCGCCUGGGAGUAUUCCGACAUACUCGCCGAUUAUGUUCUUGGUCUUACGACAUGUGCUCUGUUUCUCUCCCUGAAAUACCACCGUCUACACCCGGAAUACAUAUACAAUCGCAUCAAAGGUCUUCAAGGAAAGUUCAAUCUGCGGAUUUUGCUUACUAUGGUGGAUAUUACGAAUCAUGAAGAGAGCUUGAAAGAGCUGUCAAAGUCGAGCAUGAUCAACAAUGUCACGGUCAUAUUGUGCUGGAGCGCCGCGGAAGCAGCGCGGUAUCUGGAGCUUUACAAGAGCUUUGAGCAUGCCAAACCAUCAGCCAUCCGAGGAUCAGAGAGUAAAGGAUAUGCAGAGAAAAUGGUGGAGUUUAUCACCAUUCCACGGAGUAUCAAUAAAACCGAUGCCGUUUCGUUGGUGAGUGCUUUCGGCAGUAUCAAAAACGCUGUCAAUGCGAGGCCAGAGGAAAUAGCCAUAGUUGGUGGCUGGGGUGAAAAAAAGGUUCGAAAAUGGUGUACUGUUGUUGAUGAGCCAUUUAGAGCUCGCAAAGCUGCGAGACGUGGUCUUACCAGGAAGGAAACGACACAAGACGGAGAAGCAGAUUCUAGUGAUGUUCUGAACCGAGCCGUUGGCCUUGACACGAUCCCCGCACGGGACCGGCCUUUGGGUAGGGAGAAUGACACGCCGAACGACACGGUUCAGGGCUUGCAAAGGCCAUUUGAGUUACUAGACCCUGCUGACGAUGACGAAGAAGAUGCUUUGAUGAGCGCUGCAGCGGAAGAAGAGGCACGAUUAGCCAAGGAAAGAAAGCGAGAAAUCUCCAGAAAGGAUAAUGAACUGAGUGAGGGCAUCGCAGCUGUGCUCGCAAAUCUCAGAAGCGGUUGA